AUGUCGGACGUCAAGGACUUACACCGCACAGAUAGCAAGGACGUCGAGAUCGCUGACGAGCAUGACGAGUAUCGCGCUCAUGGUGUCAACCGCGUCGAUCUUGACGCCGAGUUCGGCGGGCACGAAAACAGGAUGAAGAUCCAAAAGCGACUUUUGCGGAAAGUCGACAUGCGGAUGUUCGUGCUCGUCGUCAUUUACAUUCUCAACUACAUCGACCGUAACAAUGCAUCGGCGGCCAAGUUGAAGGGUUUCGAGAGGGACUUGAACCUCUCGCAGCAGGAGUUCGAUACCCUGUUGUCGAUUCUCUACGUCGGAUACAUCUUGAUGCAGAUCCCAUCAAACAUGUUGUUGAACCGCAUCGGAAAGCCUUCGCUGCACAUCCCUAUCUGCAUUAUCAUCUGGGGAAUGAUAUCUACGUUGACUGGUGUCACGAAGGGAUUCGUCGGCGCUCUGCUCACCCGGUUCUUCCUCGGGUUCGUCGAGGCGGCGUUCUUCCCCGGUGCCCUGUUCUUGCUGAGCAAGUGGUACACGCGUGAGGAGCUCGGUUUGAGGACCACCAUCCUUGCUUGCGGUAACCUCAUCUCAAACGCCUUCGGUUCACUCAUCGCAUCUGGAAUCCUCUCUAACAUGGACGGCGUACUUGGCCAUGCCGCAUGGCGCUGGCUGUUCUACAUCGAGGGCGCCAUCACCAUGUUCGUCGGCCUCGUUGCCAUCUUCAUCCUCCCCGACUUCCCUCAGACCUCCCGCCGCUUCUUGACUGAAGACGAGCAGCGCUUGGCCGUCCUGCGCAUGGAGAACGAUGUCGGCGAGACACGCGAGGAGGACGAGGUUUCGCAGAUGGCCGGUCUUCGUCUUGCCUUUGCCGACUGGCGCGUAUACUUCUUGGCCCUCGCGCUCACGAGCAUGGUCAUCGGCUUAUCCUUCAACGCCUUCUUCCCGACUCUCACCGCAACACUCGGAUACAACAGCACCAACACGCUUCUGCUGUGCGCUCCGCCAUGGGUCUUCUCCACCAUUGUCGCCUUCAUCGUCAACCGUCACGCUGACAGGGUCCGCGAGAGGUGCUUCCACAUCGUCGUACCGCUCUGCUUCGGUAUCGUCGGGUUCAUCAUCGCUAUGAGCACGAUGAAGACCGCCCCGCGCUAUGUUGCGCUGUUCUUGAUGGCACAGUCCUACGCAGGAUUCAUUGGCUUCCUCGCAUGGGUAUCCAACUCUCUACCCACGCCUCCGGCUAAGCGUGCUGUUGCGCUUGCGUACAUCAACGCUUUCAGUCAGCUCGGUAACGUCGCGGGCUCGUACGUCUGGCCCAAGGAGUGGGGCUUCUCGUACCGCAAGAGUUACUCGAUCUGUAUUGCGACGUUUGCGCUUACGAUUGUGAUGUGCCUUGUGUUCAGGCAGGUGUUGGCGUGGCAGAACAGGCAGAUUGAGAAGAAGGAGCAGGAGGAGGGGAAGAAGCCUGGGUUCCGCUACAUUCUGUAG